UAGAAGGAAUCUGUUUUCUUUUUGGACGGAAAAAACGACGUUGACUCCUUUUUAGGGGCAUUAUUGUCCUUUCCCUUCCUCCCUCUCCCCUCCCUUACCCUAGGUCCAUUGGAGGGAAUCAAAACCCACGUUACCCACCUGCAUACGAAAACAAAACACCAAAAAUUCAAAAACCCAACAAACCCAAUCCCAGAACUCAAAAACACAACCCGAGGUGGGACGAUCGCACGGGAGAUGCAGCAUUUCGGGUUGAAGAAUGUCGCAGGAUGGAAGAACCGUAGGAGGCAGUGGGUUGUUUACGAUGCAGAUUCAUCAUGAGGGUAAGUUCUUUAAUGUGCCUAGAAUCAAGUAUGAGGGUGGUUCUAUUGCAUACGUAGAUAACUGCAGCCGUGAUACAAUUUCUUUACUAGAAGUUGGUGACUUGGUCGAGCAAUUGGGGUACACAGGUAUGAUAAACUAUUAUUAUGUGAUGACUGGGAGAACCAUAAACAAUGGGUUGAAAAUGUUGUUGACUGAUAAGGAUGUAUUGGAUAGGAUUGACCAACUUCCUCCAAGUAGGGUAGUGGACAUAUACGUAGAACCUAUUAGUCCCCUUGCAAUGAUGCAAACUCAAGAUAGUUCAACUGAUAAGGCUGGGCCAAGUGGGCCAAGUGAUAAGGCUGGACCAAGUGGGCCAAGUGAUAAGGUUGGAUCACCUGAUAUAGGACUUGGCCUUAAUCUUAACUAUGAGGAUUUUCUCUUUGAUGAUGGUGACUUAGAAGAUGUAGACAUUGGUGAUGUAGACAUAGAAGGAGUGGUCACCACCAGUAGUGAAUCUGAUGCCUCCUUUUUUGAAGAUAGUGACUAUGGGCAGUCAGAUGAUGAUGAAUUAUUUGAGGCUUUUGUUGAUAAUGGAAUUGAAUGGGAAGGGUUAGGAAAGAACAAAGGGAAAGAAAAAGAAGUCAAUGAGGAGGUGAAUAUGGAGGUAGAUGAUGGGGAGGAUUGUGGAGAUGUUUCAUCAGAAGACCUCCACAGUGUUAUUCAGAUUCUGAUGAUGAGGUAAAGGACAAAAAUCCUGAGUUUAGAGCAUAAACUGAUAUGGGAAAGAUCAAGUUCUGUCCAGGGAUGAAGAGUUCAAAUGCAAAAGAGUUUAGGGAAGCAGUGAGAGAGUAUGCAAUAAAGAAAGGGAAAGACAUAAAGUUUGUGAAGAACGAGACAACAAGAAUAAAAGCAAUCUGUGCUACUAAGAAAUGUCCCUGGAGUAUUUUAGGGUCGCUUGCACAGAAAGGUGAAUCUUUUCAGGUGAAAACCUACAAAAAGUAACACAAAUGUUUAAGAUCAUUCAGAGUGAGGCAUGUAACUUCAAUGUACCUUGCCAAUAAGUAUGUUGAUAGUAUUAGAUCUAACCCUAAUAUGCCAUUGGACCACCUACAAGAGAGAGUGAACAAGGACCUUGUGGUUAAUGUGUCAACUACUCAAGCAUACAGAGCAAAGAGGAAAGCACUUGACCUUAUUGAGGGAACACACUUGGAACAAUAUGCAUUGUUGAGGGACUAUUGUGAAGAGGUUAGAAGGACAAAUCCCAACACCACAAUCAUCAUCAAUACUAUACCUCCUCCAACUGAAGAUGGUCAGCCAACAUUUGAGAGACUUUAUAUUUGUUUGGGGGCAUUGAAACAAGGAAUGCUAUAUGGUUAUAGGAGGUUGGUAUGUAUGGAUGCUUGCCAUUUGAAAGGAUCACAUGGGGGUCAUUUGUUAGUGGGUAUGGGUAUUGAUGCAAACAACCAAUCUUUCCCAUUUGCAUAUGCUGUUGUUGAGAUUGAAACCAAGGAUUCAUGCAUCUGGUUCUUGGAGUUGGUGACUGAAGACCUACAAAUACAGAAUAGUAGUGCAUGGACAUUCAUUUUAAGUAUACUAUUGCAUAUGCUGUUGUUCAUUCUUAUUAAUCCAUUCCAUUGGUAUUUGUAGGGACUAGUUCCAACAUUGCAACAAGUUGUUCCAAAUGCAGAGAUGAGAUUCUAUAUCAGGCACUUGUACACCAACUUCAGGGAUUUGCACAAGGGGAUGGAAUUGAGGAAACAGCUAUGGUCAGCUGCUAGAGCCACAACUAUUGAAGAUUUUCACAAAGCAAUGGAGACAAUGAAGGCCACUGAUGUUGAGGCUUACAAAUGGCUAGCAGAAAAACCACCCAUGCAAUGGUCCAAGUCUUACUACUCUACUUUAAACAAAUGUGACCUUCUUGUUAACAACCUGUGUGAGGGUUUUAACAAAGACAUAAUGGUCCAGGUCUCACUACUCUACUUUAAACAAAUGUGACCUUCUUGUUAACAACCUGUUUAAGGGUUUUAACAAAGACAUAAAGUUGGCUAGGGACAAACCUAUUAUAACAAUGUUGGAAGGAAUUAGGUGUUACUUAAUGAAGAGAAUGACCAAAAGGAGGGAGCAAAUAACCACAUGGGAACACAACAUCUGCCCAAACAUUAUAGAUAAAGUGGAAAAAUAUAAAAAAGAUGUGGUGGUUGUAAUGCAAUUUGGUUUGGUGAGGGACAUUACCAAAUACAUGGCCCUCCACCUCAACAAUAUAGCCAGAAUUUGGAAGACCGAACUUGUAGCUACAGAAAAUGGGAUUUGAAAGGUAUCCCAUGUACACAUGCUAUAACUAGCAUUACCCACAAGCAUGCCAAUAUAGAAGAUUACAUUGACCCUUGUUAUAAGAAGGAGACAAAUGCUAGUAUCUAUAAGGGUACCAUUUACCCCAUCAAUCAAAGAAACAUGUGGCAUGCAAGUGGGUGCGUGCCAAUUCUCCCUCCCAACUAUGGCAGGUCUUCUGGAAGGCCUAAGAAAUGUAGGAGGAAAGAAAGAGUUGAGUUAGAGAAUCCUGACCCAAAUAAGUUGAGGAGACAAAAUACUUCAUUGAGAUGUGGGAAAUGUGGCCAAUGGGGGCAUAAUAUGAGGACUUGCAAAAAUAAAGCAAAUUCAAAAAUUCGAAGGAGGCCUACUGGAGGGUUAGUGUUCACUCGGCCAAGUGGCAGGUCAAGAAGUAGGCCAAGGAGAAUGGGUGUUCAAUCAACCUUUGGUAGGGGCAGGGGUGCAGUAGGUGAUGGUGCAGCACCUCAAGCAAGCCAAGUUUCAAUGGGAACUGAUGGUGCAGCACCUCAAGCAAGCCAAGUUUCAGUGGGAGCUGUUGGUACUGAUGGUGGUGGAACCAAAGGUGGAAAGGGAAAGGGUACUGAUGGUGGUGGAACUAGAGGUGGAAGGGGAAGGGGAAGGGGUAGAAGCAUAUGAGGGAAUAGUGGUGGAAGCACUGAUGUUGGUAGGGGCAGUGGUGGUGGAAACAAAGGAGAAAGAACUGGUGGUGGAAGGGGCAAGGCUAGAAGGGGGAGUGGUGUUGGAACUAGAGGAGGGAGCAUUGAUGGUGGGGGCAGGACUGGAAGGGGAAGGGAUCGUCCAGUGAGUACAACAGGAAAUUCAAAGCCAACAUGGUCCCAAUACUAACCAUGGGUCAUUGCAUUGCAUUAUGAGGAUCAAUUUUGUUUUUGUCCAGGUCCACUUUUGCUCUGUUGUAACUUGCUAUAUUGUAAUGCAUUUUGAUUCCUUGCCACUAAUAGAUAUGACAAACUUGGGUCAUGGUGCUUUGUUUGUUUUGGCAAGUAGGUUUUAUGUAUUGAAUGGGUUUGAAUAGUUCCAGUUG